AUGGCCAAAAACUCUUUCCGUGGGUCCAAACAUGGACGUCGUGGUGAGGCCAACCAUGAGACGGAGUUCAGCUGCACUCUGCAGGAGCUGCGCUCGCUCAUGGACCUAAGAGGAGCGGAGGCGAUCACCAGGAUCCAGGAGUGCUACGGAGAUGUUAAUGGACUGUGUGUCAGACUGAGGACGUCACCUGUUGAAGGUCUGGAGGGAAAUUCAGAAGACAUCGACAGAAGGAAACAAGAGUUUGGACAGAACAUUAUUCCUCCUAAAAAGCCAAAAACCUUUCUGCAGUUAGUGUGGGAAGCCCUGCAGGAUGUCACACUCAUCAUCCUAGAGGUGGCAGCCAUUAUUUCACUAGGCCUUUCAUUCUACAGUCCACCAGAUGCCGAAAGACAGAACUGUGGCAAUGCAGCUGGUGGUGUGGAGGAGGAGGGUGAGGCAGAGACGGGCUGGAUUGAAGGCGCUGCCAUCCUCCUGUCUGUGGUGUGUGUGGUGCUGGUGACGGCCUUUAAUGACUGGAGCAAAGAGAAGCAGUUUCGGGGUCUCCAGAGCCGCAUUGAGCAGGAGCAGAAGUUCACCGUGGUCCGAGGGGGUCAGGUGAUCCAGAUCAAAGUGUCUGAGAUGGUUGUUGGAGACAUUGCACAAGUCAAAUAUGGUGACCUCCUUCCUGCAGACGGAGUCCUCAUUCAGGGCAACGAUCUGAAGAUUGACGAAAGCUCCCUGACUGGAGAGUCGGAUCAUGUCAAGAAGACUCUUGACAAGGACCCCAUGUUGCUCUCAGGUACCCAUGUGAUGGAGGGCUCUGGUAAGAUGGUUGUCACUGCUGUUGGUGUAAACUCUCAGACUGGGAUCAUCUUCACGCUGCUUGGUGCUAGUGAAGAAGGCGAGGGUGACGGCGAGGACAAAAAGGAGAAGAAAAAAGAGGAGAAGAAAAACAAGGAGAAAAAGGACAAAAAGAGUAAAAAAGAAGACAAAGGGAAGAAAGGGAAAAACAAAGAUGGAGCCACUGUGGAAAUGCAGCCGCUUAAUGAGGAUGAAGAUGCAGAGAAGAAGAAGAAAAACCUACCAAAGAAGGAGAAAUCUGUCCUCCAGGGGAAGCUGACCAAGCUGGCUGUGCAAAUCGGCAAAGCAGGUCUGUUCAUGUCGACUCUCACCGUUAUCAUCCUCAUUACUCGCUUCCUGAUUGAUACCUUCUGGAUUCAGGGGCUUCCCUGGACUGCAGAGUGUGUACCUGUCUACAUUCAGUUCAUGGUCAAGUUCUUCAUCAUCGGUGUGACAGUGCUGGUGGUAGCUGUGCCUGAAGGUCUCCCUCUGGCUGUCACCAUCUCCUUAGCAUACUCAGUCAAGAAAAUGAUGAAGGACAACAACCUGGUACGCCACCUGGAUGCCUGUGAGACAAUGGGCAAUGCCACAGCCAUCUGCUCUGAUAAGACGGGAACACUAACCAUGAACCGCAUGACGGUGGUGCAGGCCUACAUCGCUGGACGACACUACAAAAAGGUGCCAGAGCCGGACCUCAUCCCUGCCAAGAUCCUGGACCUGCUCAUUCUAGGCAUAGGAGUCAACUGCGCCUACACUACCAAGAUUAUGCCUCCAGAGAGAGAUGGCGGGCUGCCUCGCCAGGUGGGAAACAAGACGGAAUGUGCCUUACUGGGUUUCAGCCUCGACCUGAACCGAGAUUAUCAGACCAUCCGUAAUGACAUCCCAGAGGAGAAACUCUUCAAGGUCUACACCUUCAACUCUGUGAGGAAGUCCAUGAGCACUGUGCUGAAGAACCAUGAUGGCAGCUACCGGAUGUUCAGCAAAGGGGCCUCUGAGAUUCUGCUCAAGAAAUGCUGUAAGAUCAUGACGGCCAGUGGUGAGGUCAAAGUCUUCAAAUCUAAGGAUCGAGAUGACUUGGUGAAGACCGUGGUUGAGCAGAUGGCAUCGGAGGGGCUGAGGACCAUUUGCCUUGCCUACCGAGAUUUUCCUGCCUCUGAAGGAGAGCCGGACUGGGAUAAUGAGACUGAAAUUCUCACAGGACUCACAUGCAUCGCUGUGGUUGGCAUUGAGGACCCUGUGCGACUUGAGGUACCGGAAGCCAUUAGAAAGUGCCAGCGAGCUGGAAUCACCGUCCGCAUGGUGACUGGAGACAACAUCAACACUGCUCGAGCCAUCGCUACCAAAUGUGGCAUCUUACAUCCUGGAGAUGACUUCCUGUGUAUCGAGGGCAAAGAGUUCAACCGACUGAUCCACAAUGAGAUGGGAGAGAUUGAACAGGAGCGCAUCGAUAAGAUCUGGCCCAAGCUGAGAGUUCUCGCCCGAUCGUCUCCAACAGACAAACACACUUUAGUCAAAGGUAUCAUUGACAGCACAGUGCUGGAGCAGAGGCAGGUUGUCGCUGUAACUGGAGAUGGAACAAAUGAUGGUCCCGCCCUCAAGAAAGCAGAUGUUGGCUUUGCCAUGGGCAUCGCAGGGACGGAUGUAGCGAAGGAGGCGUCUGACAUUAUCUUGACAGAUGACAAUUUCACCAGCAUUGUCAAGGCUGUUAUGUGGGGCAGAAAUGUCUAUGACAGCAUCUCAAAGUUUCUGCAGUUCCAGCUCACUGUCAACGUGGUUGCCGUCACCGUGGCCUUUACUGGAGCCUGCAUCACCCAGGACUCUCCUCUAAAAGCUGUGCAGAUGUUAUGGGUCAACCUCAUCAUGGACACCUUCGCUUCACUGGCUCUUGCUACUGAACCACCAACAGAGUCGCUGCUGCUCAGAAAUCCGUACGGACGCAAGAAGCCGCUCAUCUCGCGCACCAUGAUGAAGAACAUUCUGGGACACGCCAUCUACCAGCUGACCGUAAUCUUCACCUUGCUCUUUGCUGGUGAGAAGCUGUUUGAUAUCGAUUGUGGCAGGAAUGCUCCCCUCCACGCUCCUCCCUCCGAGCACUACACCAUCGUGUUCAACACGUUUGUCCUCAUACAGAUUUUCAACGAGCUCAAUGCCCGCAAGAUCCACGGGGAAAGGAACGUCUUCGAGGGUGUUUUUAAAAACCCUAUUUUCUGCUCCAUCAUCCUGGGAACCUUUGUUGUGCAGCUGUUGAUCGUGCAGUUUGGUGGUAAACCAUUCAGCUGUGUACGUCUGACCAUCGAGCAGUGGCUGUGGUGUGUCUUCCUGGGUCUGGGAAGUCUGCUGUGGGGACAACUGGUGUCCAGCAUCCCCACUAGUUGGCUCAAGUUCCUGAAAACUGCAGGUCAUGGUACGCAGCAGGAGGAGAUCCCGGAGGAGGAGUUGGAGGAGAUGAAGGACAAGGAUGAGAUUGACCACGCUGAGAUGGAGCUGAGGAGGGGCCAAGUGCUGUGGUGCCGCGGCCUCAACCGCAUCCAGACACAGAUCCGUGUGGUGAACGCGUUCAGAGACAGUGUUUCCCCCUACGAAGGUCUGGAGACGCCUGAAUCUCGCAGCUCCAUCCACAACUUCAUGAACCACCCCGAGUUCCGCAUCGAAGACUCAGAACCUCAGAUCCCCCUGAUUGAUGAAAAUGAAGGCGAGGACGACCCCCCGACCAAAAGAAACUCCAUCAUCCCCCCGCCCCUGACCGGGCUGUCCAACCUGUCCAACCUGUCCAACCUGCCACCUCUCCCGUCCUCCCCUAACCAGAACAACAACGCUAUGGACCGCAUCAUCCCGCUGCACAAAGACGGCUCCAGGUCCGGGCUCAUCCCACCCAACUCAGCAGGGCUGCCACCCUGUCCAGGAAGCCCCCUGCACAGUCUGGAGACCUCGCUCUGAAGCCCCACGCUGGGACCACUUCCUGUUACUGCAGUCUGGUCACACACGUCUGGUUCUGGUCCUACAGGGAGACAAGGAAUGAAAACACAUUUUUAAAACAGACUCUUCUGAUUGGCUCUCAUCCGGAGUUCACCAGCUGUUUUUUUUCAGGAUCCAGGCAGCCGACAUGUUUCCAGACUUGUUUGUGGUUUUUGUUCAGAGCGACAGCAGCUCGCACGGACUGAUGUUUUCUUCGUUAAUAGACAUGAACUCUUCAGUUGUUGUUUAGGAGAAGCGUGUUUGUGAGGUGAUUAAUUCAUAACCAGUUUCUGAUGUGUAAAUAUUCUCAUCAAGUAGUCGGAGUUCAUUUUAAUCCACAGCGUUUCAGUUCGUCAUCAGACGAGCUGGUGUGAUGUGACGGUGAUGAGUUCAGCUUCAUUUCGUGUUUUAACUUUGAGGAUCUGUGAAAUGUUUAGUGUCAACCAAUUUUAAUAAGAGGGAGUUUUCUUCUUACAGAGAUGUGUGUCUGUAGACAGAAAGAUUUAAGGUAAAAAUUCAAUGUUGGA